AUGAUAAGCUUAAAGGCAAAGUUGAAGAAAAAAGAAGUCGGGAUUCGAGAAAAAGGGAACUUCCCUUGCUUCUUCAUGAUGAAGAUCGCUUCUUGGAACAUUAGGGGCAUGAAUCAACCCCUCAAACAAAAUGGGAUUCGAGAGUUUAUAAAGCUUCAUAGCAUUGAUAUUAUGACAAUUUUGGAAACGAAGUUGGGGGACCGAAAGUUGAAGAGGAUUUUGCGAAAUAAAAUCGAUGGCUUCAUGCAAGUAAAUAAUUUUUGCACACAUAGAGCCGACAGGAUCUUAAUUUUGUUUAAUCCAUCCAAAGUUUUUUUGGAUGUGAUGGAGGUUCAUCCACAAAUUAUCCAUUGUAAAGCUACUUGUAAGGUAACUUCUUAUGCUUCUCUUGUAAGUUUUGUAUAUGAAUUUCACAUUAUGGUAAACCGAAGACCUAUUUGGAAUACCAUUAUGGAGCUUAAUGAAAAUGUGUUGUUACCUUGGUUGAUUAUGGGUGACUACAACAAUGUUCUUAAGUUUGAUGAGAAGUGCAAUGGGGCGGAUGUUACCCAUUAUGAAAUUAAAGAUCUUGCAAAUUGUUGCCUUAACGUGGGUCUUACGGAUGUGCACUCCAUGUGUUGUUUUUACACGUGGACUAAUGGGUCGGUUUGGAGCAAAAUUGAUAAGACAAUGGUCAAUGAUGUUUGGAUACAAAAUGGGGAUUUUGUUGAAGCAAAUUUCCUUCCUUCCGGAUGCCUUUCCGACCACUCCCCUUGCAUUGUCUCUAUAAAUGACCGUGUGGAGAGAAAAUUGAACAAACUAAAGGGUGCUUUGAAAAAGCUAAAUUCUAAGCAUUUUGGGCAUAUUUCGGGUAGAGCAAGUGAGGCCAAAAAUGAUUUAGAGGCUGCCCAAUUACAGCUCCAUAAUCACCCCUUCAAUGCUGAUUUUCAAUUCUUUCACUCAUUGGUUAAAAGGAACUCUAAGAGGAAUUUUAUUGCUACCGUACUCAAAGAAGAUGAGAUGUUUACUACAUCACAAGAUGAAGUGGCUAGAGAGUUUGUAAAUUUUUAUACUUCUUUGUUGGGAAAGAAAUGCUCCUUUCGGCCUAUUGACAUGGAUAUUCUUACAAAUGGUCCCUUGGUUUCCUUGGAACAAGGUAAAACCUUGAUUCGGGACAUUUCUUAUAAGGAAAUUAAGGAUGCGCUUUUUGAUAUAGGUGAUGACAAAUCUCCCGGGCCAAAUGGGUAUACUUCUUGUUUUUUUAAGAAUGCUCGAGGGAUUAUUGGUGAUGAUUUUGUUGGGGCUAUUUUGGAGUUCUUCUCUUCGGGUUGCAUCCUCAAACAAAUUAAUCGCACGGCAAUUGCUUUGGUGCCUAAAUCGGAUCACACUCUGCAUAUUGUGGUUGCUAAAAUACUUGCUUCUAGAUUGAGACCCAUUUUGGGAGAUAUUGUUGAUCAUGCGCAAGCCGCUUUUGUGGAAUGUAGAAGUAUCAUGGAGAAUAUUCAUCUUGCACAAGAACUCUUGAGGCAAUACAAUAGGAAAAGGGUUGCUCCACGAUGCCUCUUAAAAAUUGAUCUUUCGAAGGCUUUUGAUUCGGCUUUGCAUGAAUUUUUCAAAGGUGAGAAAGGUCUUCGGCAAAAUAACCCCCUUUCUCCCUUCUUAUUUGUGCUAUGUUUUGAAUACCUUUCGAGAUUGCUUAAAGCUACCACAUAUGAUAGUGAUUUCAAUUUUCACCCAAAAUGUGGCCCCCAAAAGAUCAACCAUUUAGCUUUUACGGAUGAUUUAAUGCUAUUUGCGAGGAGAGAUUUUAUGUCGGUUAAAAUUCUCAUGGAUUGCCUUUCAAAUUUUGGUUCGGUCUCGGGAUUAAGGUUGAAUGUUCACAAAUCCAACUUAUUUACAACUGGUGUGCAUGGACAGCUUCUUCAGGAUAUUAUGGAAUUAACAAGUGUUCUGAGGGGGAGAAAGAUUGAACUUAUAAGGGCGGUGCUUCAAGGAGUUGAAUGUUUUUGGCUCUCUAUUUUCCCUAUUCCAGCUACAAUUAUAUUUAGGAUUGUUAGCAUUUGUCGGACAUUCCUUUGGAGAUCUAAAAAGCCGUUAGUUGCGUGGAAGAAAAUUUGCCUUCCGAAGGAGGAAGGGUGGGUCCAUCAUGUUUAUCUUAAUGGGACUUGUAUAUGGAAGCAAGGGGGAACGGUCAGAUGUUUGCUGGAUUUUCCCUCUCUUGACAUGUUUCAGGCAGAAUUUUUAGGGCUGAAAAUGCACAGAACUGGGCGGUUAAUGGGCAGUACUUAG